GAGCCGCGCGUCUCCCGCAGCCUGCGCUCCCGUCCGGGCGCCCGCAUCUCCUGCUGCGGGGCCAGCACCAGCGAUGAGGAGCGGAGCGGCCGCUCUUCCGAGCAGCUGAAGCAUUCGCCGCCGAUCGCCCGCGGCCGACUGGAGGUGCGGGAGCCGGUGCGGCCCCGGCACGGGGACUCCGGGCAAGGGAAGGACCAAGGGGCUCCCAUACGGUCCCAGCCGCCGCGCCGUGGACUCCAGAAGGUGAUCGUCCUGCUCGCCCGCCCCUUUCCCUCCUCCACCAACCUAACUUUUUGUCUCAGCCCCGUUGGCCGCCGGGUCUCCUCUCCGCAUACCCACCCGCGGCCGUGCAGUCCACCCGGGGCAUGGGCCCCACGACAAGGCUCCAGGAGGCGCAGCGGCCUCACAAGACGUGAGAGGCCCGCUUGGGUCGAUUCCGAGGUUCUGGAGAGCCGCGGAGAGCUCCCAGGCAGCGCCCGCGCGCCCGGCUCGGGUGGCUGUGAGCGCUGCGCCCUGCGGUGCAGAACGUCCCGGAACGCCAGAGCCGCGGCUGAAGCGAGUAGCUGGCUCGAGGCGCGCAGUGGAGCAGGCUGUCAUGCCCUAUUGAUCUCCCCAGUCCCCCGCCAAGUAUGUUCGGGCUGGACCAGUUCGAGCCCCAGAUCAACAACCGGCACGCUGGUCAGGGCGAGGGGAACUUUAACGAAGCCGGACUGAGCAUGAACGCCCACUUUAAGGCUCCCGCUUUCCACGCCGGGCCCCCUCCUGGCCCUGUGGACCCUGCCAUAAGCUCUCUGGGCGAACCCCCGAUCUUGGGUUUGAACAUGGAGCCCUAUGGCUUCCACGCGCGCGGCCACUCCGAGCUGCACGCUGGGGGGCUGCAGGCGCAGCCUGUGCACGGCUUCUUCGGUGGCCAGCAGCCUCACCACAGCCACCCGGGGGGCCACCACCCGCACCAGCAUCACCCCCACUUCGGGGGCAACUUCGGUGGUCCGGACCCAGGUGCUUCGUGUCUGCACGGGGGCCGGCUGCUUGGCUAUGGAGGUGCAGCGGGCGGCCUGGGCAGCCAGCCGCCCUUCGCAGACAGUUAUGAGCACAUGGCAGAGAGCCAGGGGCCGGAGGGCUUCGGCCCGCAGCGGCCGGGAAACCUCCCGGACUUCCACAGUUCGGGCACCUCGGGCCAUGCGGUGCCCGCCCCGUGCCUGCCGCUGGACCAGAGCCCUAACCGGGCUGCCUCUUUCCAUGGCCUGUCCGCCUCCAGUGGCUCGGAUUCUCACAGCCUGGAACCCCGGAGGGUGACAAACCAAGGAGCCGUAGAUUCGCUGGAAUACAAUUACCCGGGCGAGCCGCCCUCAGGACAUUUUGACAUGUUUUCGCCCUCUGACUCCGAAGGGCAGCUGCCACACUACGCUGCGGGUCGCCAGGUUCCCGGGGGCGCUUUCCCGGGUGCUUCAGCCAUGCCCAGAGCUGCAGGCAUGGUGGGUUUGUCCAAAAUGCAUGGCCAGCCACAGCAGCCGCCGCCACAGCAGCAGCAACCGCAGCACGGAGUGUUCUUCGAGAGGUUUGGCGGGGCCCGAAAGAUGUCCGUGGGUCUGGAGCCUGCGGUGGGCUCCCGGCACCCGUUGAUGCAGCCUCCCCCGCAGCAGCAGCCUCCACAGCAGCAGCAGCCGCCACCACCGGGGCUUCUGGUCCGACAGAAUUCUUGCCCUCCUGCGCUCCCGCGGCCCCAGCAGGGAGAGGCUGGCACACCCAGUGGCGGCCUGCAGGACGGGGGCCCCAUGCUGCCCAGCCAGCACGCACAGUUCGAAUACCCCAUCCACCGGCUAGAGAACCGGAGCAUGCACCCGUAUUCUGAGCCUGUUUUCAGCAUGCAGCACCCCCCUCCUCAGCAGGCGCCCAACCAGAGGCUGCAGCAUUUCGACGCUCCCCCCUACAUGAACCUGGCCAAGAGGCCGCGCUUUGACUUCCCGGGCAGCAGCGGAGGCGUGGACCGCUGUGCCUCGUGGAAUGGCAGCAUGCAUAACGGCGCCCUGGAAAACCAACUCUCUCCCUCUGCCUACCCAGGCCUCCCAGGUGAGUUCACACCGCCUGUGCCGGACAGCUUUCCCUCGGGACCGCCCUUGCAGCACCCGGGGCCGGACCACCAAUCCCUGCAGCAGCAGCAACAGCAACAGCAGCAGCAGCAACAACAACAACAGCAGCAGCAGCAACAGCAGCAGCAGCAACAGCAGCAACGCCAGAAUGCGGCCCUCAUGAUUAAACAAAUGGCGUCCCGGAACCAGCAGCAACGGUUGCGACAGCCUAAUCUGGCUCAGCUAGGCCAUCCUGGGGACGUGGGCCAGGGCGGCCUGGUCCAUGGAGGUUCUGUGAGCGGCUUGGCCCAGACUAACUUUGAGCGCGAAGGCGGCGGUGGGGGUGCUGGGCGCCUGGGUGGCUUCGAACAGCAGCCCCACCUGGCGCAGGAGAGCGCGUGGUUCCCUGGUCCACACCCGCCCGGAGACCUGCUACCCCGGAGGAUGGGCGGCGCGGGGAUGCCGGCUGACUGCGCGCCGCACGACCCUGGCCUGGCGCCUCCUCCUGCUCCCGGUGGCUCAGGGGUGCUUUUCCGAGGCACUCUGCAGGAGCCUCUGAGGAUGCCGGGGGAAGGCCACGUGCCCGCCCUGGCCUCGCCCGGGCUGCAGUUUGGGGGCAGCUUGGCGGGCCUAGGCCAGUUGCAGUCGCCUGGGGCCGGUGUGGGACUGCCCAGCGCUUCAUCGGAGCGACGGCCUCCGCCUCCGGACUUCCCCGCGCCAGCUCUCGGGGCCCAGUCCGGCUUUCCAUUCGGCUCCGGGAGUCGGCAGGCCACGCCGCACAGCGCUCCGGGCGUGAACUCGCCCCCGGGCGCGGGCUCGGGCAGCGGCAGCUCCGGCGCCGGCGGGGGCGCUUACCCACCGCCGCCGCCGGAUUUCCAGCCCGGCCAGCGCAACUCGGCCAGUAAGCUGGGCGCGCUGUCUUUGGGGUCCUUCAACAAGCCCAGCUCCAAGGACAACCUGUUCGGCCAGAGCUGCCUGGCUGCGCUCUCCACGGCUUGCCAGAACAUGAUCGCCAGCCUGGGUGCUCCUAACCUCAACGUGACUUUCAACAAGAAGAACCCACCUGAGGGGAAGAGGAAACUGAGCCAGAACGAGCCCGACAGUGCGGCUGCGGCCGGUAACCCGGGCUCGGAUUACUUUCCCGGAGGGACGACUCCUGGGGCCACUGGACCCGGAGGCCCUUCCGGCACCAGCGGUGGCAGUUCGAAAGCCUCAGGACCGCCCAACCCUCCCAUCCAGGGGGAUGGUACCAGUCUCUCCCCCAAUUACACCCUUGAGUCAACGUCGGGGAACGACGGCAAGCCCGUCCCUGGGGGCGGUGGCCGGGGAAGGGGACGCAGAAAAAGGGACAGUGGUCACGUGAGCCCCGGGACCUUCUUUGACAAGUACUCUGCAGCUCCCGACAGCGGGGGAGCGCCAGGGGUGAGCCCUGGGCAGCAGCAGGCUCCUGGCUCAGCUGCCGGGGGAGGCUCGGUGAACGAGGCCCGCGGGCCCACGCCCCACGAGAAGGCCCUCACGUCCCCCUCGUGGGGAAAGGGAGCCGAGUUGCUCCUAGGGGACCAACCGGAUCUCAUGGCAUCCCUGGACAGCACAGCCAAGUCGGACAGUAGUUCCCCACACGUGGGCAGCGAGUUCGCCUCUGACGAGGUGAGCACAAGUUUCGCGAAUGAGGACGAAGUGUCCUCCAGUUCUGACAACCCUACAGCUCUGGCCAAAGCCAGCCGAAGUCCCCUGGUGACCAGCUCACCCAAACUCCCUCCUCGGGGCGUGGGUGCUGGGGAACAUGCACCCAAGGCUCCAGCCCUCGGCCUGGGCAUCUUGUCUACCUCUACCUCGACCCCUGACAGCUAUGGUGGGGGCGUGGGCACUGGACAUCCCGGCACACCGGGCCUGGAGCAGGUCCGGACCCCGACGAGCAGCAGUGGCCCGCCUCCUCCUGACGAGGUCCAUCCCUUGGAGAUCCUCCAGGCCCAGAUCCAGCUGCAGAGACAGCAGUUUAGCAUCUCGGAGGACCAGCCCCUGGGCCUCAAAGGGGGCAGAAAGGCAGCGGAGUGUGCCGUAGGGGCCUCGGGGGCACAGAACGGUGACAGCGAGCUGGGUAGCUGCUGCUCCGAAGCGGUCAAGAGCGCCAUGACCACCAUUGACCUGGACUCCCUGAUAGCAGAACACAGCACCACCUGGUACAUGCCUCCUGACAAGGCUCUGGCGGAUGGCGGAGACGAGGACAAGACGCUGGCGCCCUGGGAGAAGGCCAAGUCACAGAACCCCAACAAAGAAGCCCACGACCUCCCCACCAACAAGGCCUCAGCCACCCAGCCCGGAAGCCACCUGCAGUGCCUGACUGUCCACUGCACAGAUGGCGACCCCAAGGCCCGCGCCUCCGUACCCACCUGGCGGUCUCUGCACUCUGACAUCUCCAACCGAUUUGGGACAUUUGUGGCUGCCCUGACUUGAGCCCACGGGAGCCCUUGCCCUGUCCACCCAUGUGGCUGAGCAGACUCAUGUUUUUAUCUAGGUUGGUACCUGCUUAGUGGCACUCGGAGUGGGAAGGGUUCAUCACUUAAGGGGGCUGGGGAAGGCAAUGAAAGGAACCGCAAAAAUUACUUUAAAGAAACUGUGUGCCACACCGUGACACCGGUGUCAGCCCUCAGCCGACAGCAAAUGCUGGCUCAAGCCUUUUUUUCCUGCUAGAGAACCCCUGUUUUCUGUACUUGGCGUGUGUUCUGGGAGGCCCGUUCCUUUCUAAAGCCCAGGCAGGUGCACCUGUC